AUGUCAUCAUGGGAAAGAGCUCGUUUUAUUCCCUGGUCCCAAAUUCCCCAGGACGGCGCAGACCUCAGUGACAAGAAGGAACGGAUACUACGAAACUUACAACGCGAAGCUGACAAGCAAGAAAAGGAACUUCAACAAAUGGCCCUUGAUGCAACUAAGAAUGGUGUUUCGUCUGCUGACGAAACGGCGCAAGAAAUCAAUGAAUUUAAGAUUCCGUUCCGAUGGGGUGAUUUGGCCAAGAAUGCAGCUUUUGGUGGAACGAUUGGAGCCAUUACAGGAUCUGUGUUUGGUUUCAUGGAUGGGAUGAAUGGAGCUGGUCGAUCAGACGUUUUGAUGAAAGCAUCCAAUAUGGCAAAAGGAAGAUUCAUUUUGCAGGGUAUGACUAGAUCGGCCACCGUUUUUGGAGUGUUCUUUGGUUCCUUCCAUGUAGUCAAAUAUGGGCUGCGAGUAGCUGCCCAGCCAGGAGAGUGGGGUGAGAUUGGAAUCGCUGGAGCAAUCUCAUUGGGAACGCUUAUGUCAAGACCUGCGCUCAGACCAUCGAUGCCAUACGCCUCUAUGCUGGUGAUCAUGGAUGGGGUGCAUAUCGUAAUGAGAGAAUUCAAUGACUAG